CCAUCCACAUCCAUGUUAGAGGAGUGGCAUAUGGGUUCUGUGUGUGUGUGUGUAUAUAUAUAUAGAGAGAGAGAGAGAACCACAUGAAUGACUUUCAGUUUAUUCACAUCCUUUGUGAAAUCAAGUAGCUAUGAUGGAGCGUAAACAAGAUAGUUAUGAAGAUAUUGCUUAUUCUGGUGAAAAGAGUAAGCCAAUGGAGGGGGUCUUCCAUAGCCAUUUAGAGGAGAGAGUUCGUCCUUAUAUUGAUCUGAUUGACUCUUUGAGGCUGAUUGGUGUUGAAGAAGAUUUGUCUUUGCCAACUAUAGCUGUAAUUGGAGAUCAGAGUUCUGGAAAAAGCUCUGUGCUGGAGGCACUAUCUGGAGUGGCAUUGCCCAGAGGGAGUGGUAUUGUGACAAGGUGUCCACUGGAGCUAAAGCUGAGGAAGAUUAAAUGUGGUGUUCAAUGGAAAGCCGUAAUAUCUUACAAAGAACAGUUCGUUGAGUUUGAUGACCCAACACUGGUUGAGGGUUACGUUGAGGAAGCCCAGAAUGAGCUGGCUGGAGAAGGCGUUGGAAUUUGUGAUGAACUCAUCACUCUGGAGAUCAUGGCUCCUGAUGUGUGUGACCUCACACUGAUCGAUCUCCCUGGGAUUGCACGAGUUCCUGUAAAAGGUCAACCUGACGACAUUGGACAUAAAAUCAAAAAUCUCAUAUGGAAAUAUAUAGAGAAGGAUCAGACUAUAAAUUUGGUCGUAGUCCCAUGUAAUGUUGACAUUGCAACAACAGAAGCUCUGAAAAUGGCACAGGAAGUGGAUCCUGAAGGAAAAAGGACAUUGGCUAUUCUUACAAAGCCAGACCUUAUAGACAGGGGAACAGAGAAGAACAUAUUGGAUAUAGUCCGAAAUCAGGUCAUUCCCUUAAGCAAAGGAUAUGUCAUCGUCAAAUGCCGUGGCCAAAAGCAAAUUGAUGAUAAGAUCUCUCUGUCUGAGGCCACUGGAGUAGAGAGGGAAUUCUUCAGACGUCAUGAAUUCUUCAGUUGCCUGUUGUAUGAGGAGAAAGCCACUAUUCAGUCUCUCGCCACCAAACUGACUCAAAACCUAGUUGAUCACAUCAAAAAAUCAUUACCGCUAAUCUCAGAGGAGAUAAAGAAGCAGCUGUGGAUCUUGAGGAAAGAGCUAAGUCAGUGUGAACCUGGCCCACCACUGGAACCACAGAAGAGGAAGAUCUUUUUUAUUGAUACCUUGACAAAAUUUAAUGAUAAGAUCAAUCGCUUGGCAUCUGGGGAAGUGGUCAACAAUGACAACUUGUUUGUACUGCUUCGGUCUGAAUUCAAAAAGUGGAAGGACCAUCUUGACAACACAAAGGGAUCAUUUCACAAAACGGUCCAGGACGUGGUGAAUGAAUAUGACCUGAUGCACAGAGGACGUGAGCUGCCUGGUUUCAGUGACUACAAGGUGUUUGAGAUGGUGGUGCAGAAGCUUGUGAUCCAGCUAACAGGAACAGCCAUUGACACACUCAGGGUCAUCAGAGACACCAUUCAGAAACAAUUUUCAGAUGUUUCCAAAACCUGCUUCCUCAACUACCCUUUCCUCCAGUGUGUUGCAACGAACAAGAUAGACAACAUUCAGUCAAAGCAGGAAGCCAAGGUGGAGCAGAGGAUCAUGGAGCAGUUUGAGAUGGAACAACUGGUCUACACUCAAGAUGGCAUCUACUUCAAGACUUUGAAUGUGACUCACUCUGCUGAGGGACAAAAGGCUUCAGAAGACAACUUUUCUGGAUUUGAUAGCAGAAACAAAUAUCCUGAAAUGCUGCGGGCUUACUAUGAGAUCGUGGUGCAGCGCUUGGCUGACCAGGUUCCCAUGCUGAUCCGAUACUUCAUGCUUAAGGAAUCCGCUCAGCUGUUGUGCACCGAGAUGCUGGGUUUAAUGGACAGUGCCAACGUGGCCGAUGCAUUGCGUGAAGACUCAGAUGCCAGCAGACGUCGCAUUGACACGCAGAACCGCGUGGACCGUCUUACCCUUGCUCAAGAGAAACUCAGCAACUUUGUUUGAAUCCAGUGAAAAUCCCAGAUCAGUAGCUAUAGAAAUACUCAAACCAGUCUGGCACCAACAAUCAUCCCACGGUCAAAGUCACAGAGAUCACAUUUUUUUCCCUAUUCUGAUGUGAACAUUACCUAAAGCUGCGGGCCCGUAUCUGCAUGAUUUUAUGCAUUGCACUGCUGCCACACAAUUGGCUGAUUAGAUUGCAUGAAUUAGUAGAUGUAUAGGUGAUUGUUGGAUAGUUUCUUUUUCUUUAUUAUAGAAACCUGGAAGUAUUACUUGGUUGAUACAGUUUAUCAGAAAAUGUGGAUCUAAAGAGCGAAAUUUCACCAUACCAUUGCAUUUCCAAAGUCACCAUUCAUUUCAUUAUUUCAGUGGAUUCUUUUACCUCCAGCCUUCAUUACCACAAACAUGAUCUAAUAGAGCAUACACCAAUUAGCCAUAACAUUAAAACCACUGACAGGUGAAGUGAAUAACAUUGAUUAUCUCAUUACAGUGGCAUCUGUCAAGGGGUGGGGUAUAUUAGGCAGCAAGUGAAUAGUCGACAAGUUGAUGUGUUGGAAGCAGGAAAAAUGGGCAAGUGUAAGGAUCUGAGCGACAUUGACAAGGGCCAAAUUGUGAUGGCUAGACGACUGGGUCAGAGCAUCUCCAAAAUGUUAUGUUAGUAUAAAUAACUUCAAAUGAUUUAAAUUUAUAUCCAGAUUUUUAUGUAAUGCCAACAGUAUUGUUAUACAUAAUUCUUCUGCCAGUUAGACAAUAGUGGUGUAUAUAGCGGUAUCUGGGAGGGAUAGAUUUGUUUAAUGAUACAUAUUCAUUUGCCUAAUUCUUGUUUCUAUUAUACAAAGUACUUUAAAUUCCUGAUCAGUAAUAGUCUAAUUUACAGUUGAGGCCAAAAGUUUACAUACACCUAGGCUAAAGAUAUUCUAACUUAAAUUUUCACUUAAAUUUAAAUUUUCACAUAUAUCAUGUUACCAUACAUUGCAUGUGUUAGUCAUCACUCAAGCGCUAUCUAGGAUGGAGUGCUGCAAAAUUUAAACAUCAGAUAGGUAGAUAUAUGCUAUUUUAAGCCAUUUUUAGCAACAUAUAGAAACACAAGCAAAGCAACAGAAAAUCGGUCAAAUAAAAACAUUUUUAUAUCG